AUGGCCAAUACCUCACAGCCGUCUUCGUCAAGUCCUGGGAACCAGCCGGUCGAUCCUAACCAAGUGUUUGAUGAAAACAAAUGCCGCAACGUUCUUGUUAGAUACUGUGCCCACAUCCCUCGCAAUUACCGAUAUAGCGACGGUGUCCGACUCGUAUUUCUGGUGUUGAGAGAUCACAUGGGCGAUGAGCAUCUUGGGCUCGCGGCAGGCGUGCUUUAUGAGAUGAUCGAGGUUGAUUGCCAGUAUUCAGAUGAUCCAGGUGCUGCGUUUCAACGCUGGAGAUACGACCACAUGAACAGACAUGCAGAUCUCGAGCUUCCUCACGUACCGCACCUCACGACUGUCACCUCCACCAUCAUCCCAACUGCUAAGCUGACCAGGUGGAGGAAAGAACACCCCCAGCGGUACCAAACGCGGCUCUCUGACUACUCACCUAACCUUGAAAGGUCAUCGCUCUUCUCAAGCGGCAUACGGGCACGGAAGAGCUGGGUGAUCGAGUAUACCAUGUACAUCUCGUCCCGUAACGGGGGCACACGGUCGUUUCGUCAGAUAACUGCCAGAGAAUUUCACGAAAUGCAGUGGAAUCCGAAUACCAAUAGCCCAGGACGACUCGUUGGAGAGAAGUCGAUUGAUCUGGGAGAGUUCUUACGGAAAGGAGACAUUGAUGAGCCGGCAGACGAGAAAUGUGCGACCACUUCCCGGUUUUCCCUCAGUUCGAGACUAUUCAGGGGACGGAGCAAGAUGGGGCAGAUCACGAACAAGCUUCGUGUUGCCAAAAACUCUCCCAUACGCCUAUCGAAGCCGGAGUGGCCCCCAAAUCGCCCAGACUGUGAUGCCACAGCCUCUUUCUACGAUAUGCCCGAGCAGCGAUCAAACCACAGAGUCAGUGAAUGGGAUAUACCGAACGCCAAUUUUGCAAGAAAGUUCGGCCUGUACACAGCCAGCGGGCCGCUGCCCCCUUUCAUCAGAGAGCUACCAGUUGCUGAAGAUAAAGCAAUGGACCUGGCAACUGGCCCAGCGAUGAGAGAACUGGUGUGCUCACGGCGGUUUCAAGGGCCCUUUACGCCUCAGCUAUGGUUUGAUAGCGGCCUGGAUUAUCGAUGGAAACGUGCAUCCUGCUAA